AGUGGAGACAAGAAUUCCUCCACCCAUAUGAUAGUUUUGAAUUGCUUUGCAUCGUAUUUACACUUGACUAUCUAUCAGGAUGAUAGAUUAGUUAUGUUCCUGUUCAAGUUCAGUCUCUGUCUGUUUAAGACUAAAACACAUAUCACAACCCAUUUGGGUACUUCCUUAUUUACAGUUGUGUAAAUCAGAGUAAGGAGUCAAGAAAAACCAUAAAUAAACAAAACUGCCCCUUACAGUCCUAUAUAUUCCUCAUUGCUCAUGGGAUAAGAUUUAAUAUGUAGCAUCUUCAAUAUUGAACGUGAGGGACUUUACAACACAGCCACCUCCAUUACAUUAUCUCUGCCACUUCCUCCUUUCCUCCUCAUCUCUUUUAGGUUCCAGCUUUGCUUGACUAAUUGCCAUUUCCAAAACAUGCCAUGUUCUCCCAAGCUUUAUACCAUUGCCUCCAUCUGUUUCACUUGCAAAACCCUAUUUAUUUUUUAAUUCUUACAUUGAUAUUAUUUUAUAUGCUAAUCUUCUUGGCCUAAGGCAAAAAGUAUCACUGCCUUAUUUAUGUUUUCUAAUACUUUCAUAACCACUAUUAUAUCACUUAAUGUGUUUUUAUAUAAUCAUUUGUUUAUAUUUAUGUUUUCCCAACUAGAUCCUUAAUUUCCUCAAGAAGUUAAUAGGCCAAUUCUAUCUUUUUCUUUAAAUUCGUGGCUUCUACAAAGCCUACCAUAAUGUUUGGUGUACAAUAAGCCCUCAAGAAAUGUCUACUAAACUAAGUUAAACGUGAUUCUAGAGAUCUGCGCGGUAGAUCAUUGGCAUCAUCCAGCUUCUCACAAGUUCGUUGCAUAUUCUUCAAAUCAACAUUUGGAACAACAAUUAGAUUACAGAGCAUAAUUUUCCUCAGUGGGUGGAGCAUUUUAACCAGUUUUGCCCAUUUUUUUUCUUGUGAUGUCAUCGGGGUUUCUUGAACAUGCAGUAAAAUUCCGCACACAGAGCAGUCCUUUGUUCUUAUCAACAUCUCACAGCCUGUGAAGCUCUCAGUGUGCCUCUGUCCUUUGCCACAAACAUGAGGUUCAAAUUCCCUCUUGUAGCCAUAGGCCUGGAAAUUUUCAUGAUUGUUUUAUUUGGAUUAUUUGUUCAGUAUGAAACGGACCAGCAUACUCAGCAGCGCAACAUCACCAAGCCAACAGACUUGGCCACAUUCCUUGUGUUAUAUCCUCUGUUCCAAGAUGUACACGUUAUGAUAUUUGUUGGGUUUGGCUUCCUCAUGACCUUCCUGAAGAAAUAUGGCUUCAGCAGUGUGGGUUUCAACCUACUCAUUGCUGCUUUGGGCCUCCAGUGGGGCACUAUUGCACAGGGGAUCCUGCACAGCCAUGGACAGAAAAUUAACAUUGGAAUCAAAAACAUGAUAAAUGCAGACUUCAGUACAGCCACAGUUCUGAUAUCUUUUGGAGCUGUCCUAGGAAAAACAAGCCCCAUCCAAAUGCUGAUCAUGACAAUUAUAGAAAUUGCUUUCUUUGCUGGCAAUGAAUAUCUGGUUGGUGAAAUAUUUAAGGCCUCUGAUAUUGGAGCAUCAAUGACAAUCCAUGCCUUUGGGGCCUACUUUGGCUUGGCUGUAGCAGGCAUCUUGUAUCGACGUGGACUGAGAAGAGGGCAUGAAAAUGAAGAGUCCGUGUACCACUCAGACUUGUUUGCAAUGAUUGGGACGCUCUUUCUAUGGAUGUUUUGGCCCAGCUUUAACUCGGCCAUUGCUGAACCUGGAGACAAACAGUACAGGGCCAUUGUAAACACGUACUUCUCUCUUGCUGCCUGUGUCCUCACAGCCUAUGCCUUCUCCAGUCUCGUGGAGCCCCGAGGCAAGCUUGACAUGGUUCACAUUCAGAAUGCCACUCUUGCUGGAGGAGUUGCCGUGGGCACCUGUGCAGAUAUGACAAUUCAUCCUUUCGGUUCUAUGGUCAUUGGGAGCAUUGCAGGAAUAGUCUCUGUCUUUGGAUACAAGUUCUUAACUCCACUUGUUACUACUAAACUGAGGAUCCAUGAUACAUGUGGGGUCCAUAACCUCCACGGCUUACCUGGCGUAAUGGGAGGCCUCGCAGGCAUUGUGGCGGUAGCAAUGGGUGCAUCCAACACGUCUACUAUGGCCAUGCAGGCGGCUGCACUGGGUUCUUCUAUCGGAACAGCAGUUGUUGGAGGUCUGAUUACAGGUUUAAUCCUAAAGUUGCCUUUCUUGGGACAACCAUCUGACCAGAACUGCUAUGAUGAUUCUGUUUAUUGGGAGGUCCCUAGGUUGACGGAACAUGACAAUCACUUCCACAGACAUGGUGACCACAGCCAGCUGGAACCUGAAGUCUAAACACCAUUCCUGCUCUCCAACUUUCUUUCCCAUUAUCUAGAAUCAAGUUCAAAUAAACAAAAAGGCAGUAACAAACGAGAGUAUGGACCAGAGUGAAAAGAUCCUAAGUCCCAAAUGGCCAGUGUAAAAAUGUCCUUAUGUCUAAUGCUGUGUCUUGCUAUUCAAUGAUUAAUUGAGGGGAUGUGACUCAUAAAACAGAUAAUCAAACAGAAUGCUUUUGGCAGUGAGUAAAUACAGAGUAAACAUAUCAGUUUCUUAAUGUAGACACUAUGUCGUCCAUACUCAAAAUUAUAAAACUGAAACCCACAAAACAAGAAUAGAUGUAAGAAAUCUAUGUAAAAAACAAAUUAAAGAAAUGAAUGUGUGUAAAGUAGUAAUAUGAUUAUUUUAGGUGGUGCUUUUUAUUUUAAAAAUGGUCUAGUUAGUAAUGUAUUCUUGCUUGAAUAUUAUUAAUUCCUUUUGCACAUUUACUAUUUGCAACAAGCUCAAAUAAUAUCUGAUCAAAGUCUAUUUUGUAUAAAAUGUUCAAUAAUUAAAUAUUGUUAUAAAAUAAAACAUUAGUCUUUGACUCU